AUGACAGGCGACUGUUGCCGUAUCAGUCCUGUACCCAACGCGCUCGCAAAUCAACCUGCUACAUUUUCACUUGGAUUGUUUUUUCUGCACUGCUUCAACAACCGCUCAUUUGCAGGUCCUCCAGCAAGAAGAGAAACGAGUCAAGGAGGUCACGGGCGCAGCCGUGCAGCAGAUGACACCCGAAGUGGGGAGUCCAAGGAGAAAGAGCAAGAGCAUGAACAAGAUGAGGAAACCGAGCCACAUCCGUGCACAUCAGGAGCGGACGCAGUCACGACGUUCCGUGGAGAGUUCAUAGUAUUCAAGGGCAAAUGGUUGUGGAGAGUGGUAAAUGACGGUCAACAGAUUUACGGCCCGAUUCCCAUUUCUGACCUUUUUCCUGGGUUACCAGAGAAAGUCGACGCUGCUGUAGAGAUAAAUGGUCAAAUCUGGAUCUUUUCAGGCAAUCGAUUCUGGAUAUUCCUUGAACGACGAAUUCUGGAUGGUCCACGGCCAUUAAGCCAUCUUGGGUCUCCCCGAAAAUCUUGCAACCCUCCAGCAACUUAUCUGUGGGCUGAACGUGACUACUGGAAACUGGACGUGAAGGCUCGACGAGUUGAACAGUCGUACGCCCGUCUUAUAAGCUUGAAUUGGAAGCACGUACCACAUGGUGCUACAGCAGCCUUCACUCGUGAUAAAGAGCUGCACUUCAUGGCAAGCGAUCUGGUUUAUAGGAUGAACACAAGCGAUUAUCGAUUACCGGUAGCCGAUGGAUAUCCAGUUUUGAUCUCCAAGUACUGGUCGUACUGUACGAAACAGAAUGAGUCCAUGCGUUUAGCGGCUGCGCAGACCAAUUCAGCUAUAUCCAUCAUUUUUAGCUCCUUUUUAACAUUCGUGAUCUUCCUGCACUUUCCUUCGUGA